CAUGGCCACUGGAACUACCAGAGGAUGAGCUACAUGAUCCUAUACAACUUUUACAGAAAUGCUACUUUUGUCUUUGUGCUUUUCUGGUAUGUACUUUACACUGGUUAUACCCUGUCAACAGCAAUAAAUGAGUGGAGCAGUGUGUUAUACUCUGUGGUCUAUACCUCUGCGCCGACUGUCAUUGUCGCCAUUCUCGACAAGGAUCUGAGCCGAAGGACAUUGCUGAAAUACCCCCAACUCUACGGUGCGGGGCAGCGCGAGGAGAGUUACAACCUAAGACUAUUCAUUUUCAUCAUGGUGGACUCUGUUUGGCAGAGCGUCGCAGUUUUCUUCAUCCCUUACCUCGCAUACAAAAACAGCGCAAUCGACAGCGCCAGCCUCGGAGACCUGUGGACACUGUCUGUUGUCAUUCUUGUCAACAUUCACCUUGCCAUGGAUGUCAUCAGAUGGACUUGGAUCACUCAUGCAACAAUAUGGGGCAGUAUUGUGGCGACAUGGGUUUGCGUCAUCAUCAUAGACUCCAUACCCACCUUGCCCGGUUUCUGGGCAAUCUAUGAGGUGAUGGGAACUGCAUUGUUCUGGGCAUUGCUUCUUGCGGUGAUUGUGGUUGGAAUGAUCCCUCAUUUUGCUGCAAAGGCCAUCAGGGAACAUUUCAUGCCCAAUGACAUCCAGAUUGCGAGAGAGAUGGAGAAGUCGCGAGAUUCUCGUGAUGCUAAUCAUCCAGAAGUCCAGAUGAGUACAUCCACUCGAGCUUAGGAGUAGGGAAUCUUUGUUCAUUCGCGUAGGCUAGAGUUACACCUUUCUCUUUCUGAAGAAAUUACACCUUUUCCUUCUUUUUGUUGUGUGUAUAUAAAGCAAUUCUUUCGGCAGUGAGCAUGCUUCUUGUUGCUUGCUACCCUGUCAACUAUCCAAAGGAUAGAAUUCUUGUAGCCAUGCUGUGCAUCCGCCUGCAUUUUUUUGUUAAUUUAUAUGAAAAGAAU